GACUCUCUCAUUCGCUCUCUCACACGCCAGCGCACAUCCUCGCCAAACUCCGUGCGUCCUGACAUCUGAGUUCACUGUCAAUCUCUGUCUCCUUCGCAGGGAUAUCCCCUCCGUCUCCGCCGAAAACCACUGGAAACUAAUUUUUCCUCAUCUAAACUUCCCGAGAGAGACUGAUUCUGGUCGGCUUUUUUUUUUCUUUGGCGUGGAGAACUGGGCUGUAGCCUGUAGUUUAACAAGGACUUUGACACCGAAGCAGGAUGCCCCAAAAAGGGAGACAUUAAGUAGUGAAAACGGCAGAUGAUUGACUAAAUUGUUAUAGAGUGGACAGUCAACUCUGUUUCCAGAAUACCACAACCAAGCCACGUGGGAGUCUGGCGUAGCCUCAAUGAUGCAGAACAAGGUGUAUGACAUCUGUGAUGAAGGUCACAGUGGCGUAAACCAGCUUGGUGGUGUGUUUGUUAAUGGUAGACCGCUGCCGGAUUCCACCAGGCAGAAAAUAGUUGAACUUGCUCACAGUGGUGCUCGACCCUGCGACAUCUCCAGGAUACUGCAGACCCAUGAUGAAGUCCAAGUGCUGGACAGUGAAAAGGUAUCCAACGGCUGUGUGAGCAAGAUCCUGGGUAGAUACUAUGAAACUGGCUCCAUAAGACCGAGAGCAAUAGGCGGCAGCAAGCCCCGGGUCGCCACUCCAGAGGUGGUCGCGAAAAUCGCGCAGUACAAGCGGGAGUGUCCGUCUAUCUUCGCGUGGGAGAUCCGUGACAGACUUCUGUCUGAGGGAAUCUGCACCAACGACAAUAUACCCAGUGUGUCAUCAAUAAACAGAGUCCUCCGCAACCUGGCGAGUGAAAAGCAACAGAUGGGCGCAGAUGGCAUGUAUGACAAGCUGAGAAUGCUCAACGGUCAGACAGGAACUUGGGGGACCCGGCCCGGCUGGUACCCCGGAACAUCAGUGCCAGGGCAGCCCAACCAAGAUGGCUGCCAACAACCGGACGGCGCGGGAGAAAACACAAACUCCAUCAGCUCGAACGGGGAGGACUCAGAGGAGACGCAGAUGCGGCUGCAGCUGAAGAGGAAACUACAGAGAAAUCGCACUUCCUUCACGCAGGAGCAGAUCGAGGCACUCGAAAAAGAAUUUGAAAGAACUCAUUAUCCAGAUGUUUUUGCGCGGGAAAGACUAGCAGCUAAAAUCGACCUCCCGGAGGCAAGAAUACAAGUAUGGUUCUCAAACAGAAGAGCGAAGUGGAGGCGAGAGGAGAAGCUGCGGAACCAGCGCCGGCAGGCCAACAACUCCUCCAGUCACAUCCCCAUCAGCAGCAGCUUCAGCACCAGCGUCUACCAGGCCAUCCCACAGCCCACCACACCGGUGUCUUUCACCUCGGGGUCAAUGCUGGGUAGACCGGACUCUGCACUCACAAACACCUACAGUGCGCUGCCCCCCAUGCCCAGCUUCACCAUGGCGAAUAAUCUACCUAUGCAACCCAGCCAGACCUCCUCUUAUUCCUGCAUGCUGCCUACCAGUCCGCCUGUGAAUGGGCGGAGCUACGAAACAUACACGCCCCCUCAUAUGCAGGCACAUAUGAACAGCCAAUCAAUGACCACUUCUGGUACCACCUCAACAGGACUCAUCUCUCCUGGAGUGUCUGUCCCUGUCCAAGUCCCAGGGAGCGAGCCUGACAUGUCUCAGUACUGGUCAAGACUACAGUAGGGAGAAGAGCUACUUCACCCUGUAACCACCCCGCUCCACCAUCGCCGUCUGGCAGUGCUCCUCACACAUACACAGCACAGGAGAGUAGAGAAGGCGAGAGAUGGUUGAGAAGAGGCAACAAAGAGGAGAGGAAGAAGGAGAG